AUGCAUUUCAUUGCUCUCUCAAUCCCAUUCCUUCUUUCAACCACAACCCUAUCCCACGCCUCUCCCACGAGGAACAGUACCAAGAUCAAUACUACCACCGGACUCCUCCAGCCCAACGCCUCCAGCUUGCCCCUCGGAGCCAUAAUCACCCACUGUACCAUUCCUGGCACUAUCGCCCUCACUUUUGACGAUGGCCCGUACAUCUAUACAUCCCAGCUGCUAGAUACUCUCGCUCAACAUAGCGUAAAAGCAACCUUCUUUCUCAAUGGCCAUAACAGAGGAAGCAUCGAUGCCGCCCCCGAGAUAGUGAAGCGUACAUUGGCGGAAGGACACCAAGUGGGAUCUCAUACGUGGAACCACCCCUCUCUCGACACUCUUCCAUACGAAGAAAUCGUGCAUCAAAUGACGAUUCUUGAAGAAGCCUUCGUGCGCAUCCUAGGCUUCUGGCCGACAUACAUGCGCCCUCCGUUCCUCAGACAUACCCCCGUCGUGCUCGGUGCCAUGGCCGAUCUUGGAUACCAUGUUAUUGGGGCUAGUGUUGAUACGAAGGACUACGAGAAUGAUAAUCCUGACACGAAUUGGAUUAGCUUCGAGAAGUUCUCGAGGGAGGUUGAUGCUGGUGGCACGAUUGUGUUGGCGCAUGAUUCGCAUCAGUAUACGGUCGGGAUGUUAGCGGAUAAUAUGCUUGCUGACAUUGAGAGGAGGGGGUUAAAUGCUGUCACUGUUGGCGAGUGUCUUGGUGAUUCGUCUGAGUAUUGGUAUCGUGAUAGGAGGUAG